UCAGAUCGAAGAUAUCAAAUAAUUGCUCCUCACACAUACACAGCCUUCUCCGGAAAACUGAUGCUGAACUACACCAUACCUCACGAUGAAUGUUUGACAAAUGCUUACAUCGCUCUUUUGGCCAUAGAAAAAACGGGAGAGAGUGAAAUCCAAACGUUGAGUGUUGGCUGCAACUCUAGAAGUCGAGAAAUCGCCUGUGGAGUAGUCGUCAGCGCCGGUCGCUAUGUUUACCGCAUCUACUCACAAAGACAUGGUAAAGUGUUGGACGAGUUUUACUUUCAUGUUCUAUGGCCGAAGACCGUUUUAGAACUUCCUCCCAAACAAAAUGCUUUUGAAAACAAUAUAACUGUAUCAAUCGAUUCUAACGCUAUUUGUAAAUCACGGAUUCAUACGCACAGCUUACAUAUAGACUUGAUAUUUUGGGGUGAAGUACCGAAGUCUAAAUUUAUCAAGAACAUAAAGCCAGUGCGAAUCGCCAGUUUAGACGUCGAUGAUAUAUCUUUGAAGACAACUUAUGAGUUUCCUUGUAAUAAAACCGAACUUCCUGGGAAAUACCACGCCGAAUUACGGUCUUCAAAACGGAAAGGACAUGUUCCUGAUCAAAUAAUCGCUAAAAGUUCUAAUAUGAGUAUAACAUGGAGUGAUAAUUAUAACCUUAAUAUAGUGGAUCGACAAAGUUUGAAAUAUUACGAAAGUGUUACCAUAGAAUUUCAACAACCAACAUGUUCUGUGGUAACGGACAGAAUACGUAUGUAUGCGAUGCAUCGGAAAGUAUCUGGUUCCCUAGCUUCGCCUCUGGAGGCCAAAUACUGCGCCGAAAGAUUCGCCUUCAGGAAUAUAAGUAGCGUAUAUUUUAAUUGUAGUCUUUUCGAUAUAUUCGAGAAGGUUGUAGGUUUCUGUUUCGUCUAUGAAACUAUGACUUCGAAAGGAGCUGUAAGAGAACAGACGAAACUUUGUGUGUCGGCAAAGGACAACGCAGUGAUCACUGUAGACGGUAACUGGAACAAGUGGUCUUCAUGGGCUACAUGUACCACCACAUGUGGUCGUGGGAAACAGAAUCGGUUUCGGCUCUGUAAUCAACCUCCUCCAUCAAAAGGAGGGCGUUUCUGUGUUGGAGAACCUGUAGAAUGGAAAGAUUGCUUCGUAAAUUGCACCAGAACGACUCCGAAGACUCCAUUGAAGCCAGUGAAAACAAACGGUUCGUGUGUUUGUGGUUGUGUUUUGUCGAAUCAGACAGGUUUCAUUACAGCAACGGAAGAAUGUUCAGGCCUCAGUGUAUGGUUUAUCAAAGUCGCCCGCCACCAUCGGAUUACGCUUCUGUUCCAAUACGCCAACCUAAGAUCAUCGACUCAGUGGAUUAAAGUACGAGACGGUUUGGCAACGAAUGCCAAACUUAUAGCGUUCAGUGAGGUUGAAGGAAUUCCCGACUCGGUGACCUCUUCGUCGAAUGACAUGCGCGUUGAAUUCAAAACAUCAUCAUCACGCGAUUCAUCAUCUUCUCGAGAGAUACAGCAACAACUGACCGACGAUGGCAGAAUUGGGCAGUCUUACCUCUACGGUUUUGUGGCUAACUACACAAUAUCAGUUAUCAAUGCAUCUGCUGCCGCCGCCCUUGUUCCACGAUCAUUGAUGGUAAAAGAACCUGAAUGGGAGAAUACUAUUGUUGCUGUUGGCAUCAUCAUCUGCGUUAUGACCCUGGUUGCAAGUGUUGGCUGUGGCAUCUACCAUCGCUUCUACGGCCAACAAUGGCAUAAAUACACCGUCGCUUCACAAGGCGACAACAGCCCGUAUCACGUCAAAAGCAGUGCUCCCAGUAGCCCGACCAGUGCUGCCGGAAACGCUACCAUUGAACAUGAUAUGGAAGCCCCGCUCACAAAAUCAGUAAGUACCAAGCGCAAAAAGCAAGACAGCGGCACACCAGUGCUUGCUUCGCCUCACACGUCAGUGUCCAGCGCUUCAAGCCUUUUGGGGCACUCGCGGAAAAUAGAAACCAAAGCCGAAGUACUGUCACCGGCUAAUCUAUCUAGCCCCUACACAACACAUCCAAUAGACCACGGUCCCAAUAGCCUUAAUUCGAGCCCGUCAGCAAAAAAUCGCUCACCUAAAGUCCAUCCAGUGGAUUACAAGAAGAAAAGAAAAGGUUCUUCUACCGAUAAAGGCUCGAAUCUCGAUUUAGGCGAACGCAUCGUACUCGGUUCGUCAGGGACGCCAUCUUCUUCACAGGCUAACAGCAACAUGCCACUAGUAAAAUCACCCGCUAGUAUCACCGAUACCUCAUCGACUAAAUCAACUAAAAGUGAUAUGGAUAAAGUACAAAAAAGAGAUAAAUCAAAACACUUCCGGCUUCCUACGCCGAAAGGAAGUAAUAGAAAUUCUGAUGGCAUUCCGUUAAUGACUUUACAGAGAAGUCAGAUUAUGAUCUCAAGACUUUAUCUCGAAGUAGCAGUCGGGAAGAUUCCAUGCACUCGGGUAAAAAUACCACAACGGCAUUUGUCGGUGGUGACAGUAAGCCGAAACGGCCAACUAGCCUCGUGAAAGGACCAUAACUUACCUUUCAAAAAAGCCUCGCCAAUGGCGGCUAAAAAGAAACCUCCAUUGGAUUAUAGUCCAAGACUGCUUGAUUCGCAACGUAUUUCAAAACCAGACGGACAAAGUCCAGAACUUUUAAGAGGGGAUAAAACCCCGAGAAGCAUGACUCCUCUGAGUGUUAGAAGCUUAAAAACUCUUUCUCCGACUCGUAGUAUCCUAACUUCAUCGGAUGCGACAUCAGAGGGCUGUGAACUGGAAUAUGAUGACUUUAUAAUGGAUGAUCCUUUCUCCUACUUUGAUACAGAAGACACUCUCAAGCUUCGAUGGCAGGGUACAGAAAAGAUAGGAACGUUAAAACCAUCUGAUUCUACCCUGACGUUUGAUUAAAUUUAUUGUCCCACAGUCCAA